AACCAGCCCUUGGGAUGCCCGGCUGCCCCCAGCGGAACAGAAACUGGCUUUUGUAGAAUACCAGUAAAAACAGAGCCAACUUCCAGUACCUGUAUGGAGAAAAUGAAGGUUAGAAAGACUGACGACAUGACAAACUUCAUGGACGAUUUAAGCCUCAGCUCUCCUAAGAAAAGAGAUUCCCGUGGGAGGUCCAAAAGAAGUUGUAACAGAUCAUCAACAAGGUCAUCCAGCAGAUCAUCUUGCAGCUCACAGGCCAGUUCAAGUAGUUCGUCUUCAGCUUCCUCACGGAGCUGGAGCCGGUCUCGGUCCAGAUCACGAUCGUGGGGUAGAAGAAAUGGUACCCGAAGGUACAGAAGAAAUUCUCGAUCCUAUUCCAGAAGCCGGUCGCGAUCACGGGGCUACGUGAGGUACCGAGGCAGGUACCGCACUGUGCGCUACCGGAGGUACUACCGCUCUCCUCCGAGGUACAGAUCACGCAGCAGGUCAUGGUCUCGUGGGAGAUCCUUUUACAGAAGGUCCUAUUCAAGAAGCAGGUCACGUUCAAGAGGCCGAAGAUACUAUGGAUUUGGGCGAACAAUAUAUCCUGAGGCUUACAGGAGCUGGAGGAGCAGGUCGCGAACGAGAUCUCGUAGCAGGUCACCUCUGCACUUGAGUGAAAAAGAGAAGAGGGAACUCCUGGAAAUUGCAAAAGCUAAUGCUGCAAAAGCCUUGGGGACCGAUAACGUGGUCUUGCCAGCAAGCUUGAAGGUCAUCAGUCCUUCCAAAGAGACAAACAAUGAAAAAACAAAACAUGAGCCUCUUGGAGAGUCAGCUGAGGAACUGGGAAGACUGACAGAAGAUGUAACCAAAAGUGGAAUGGAGAGGGCUAACCCCCAGAGAAGCAUUUCUUUCAGCCCCAAUAAUACAAUGGCAAAACCAAUACUGCAGAAGGCAGCAGGCCAUGCAGUUAAAGAGAUGGUGGUCUCUCCAGGAAGAGAGGAUGACAAAAAGGGAAGUCCCUAUGGGCAGUGGGUUCCUAUCAAGAAGGAGCAGAACAAGUUUUUAAACUUCUCGCCUAAAAGUGCACCAUUCCGGGCACGCUAGCAUCUUUGCUGUCUCUCAA